AGCUUUUUAGCUAAAAAAUGAUUUGUUAUCUGAAAGCCCUCGACCUUCACCUCUAAGCGCUUAAUUGACGCCAAAAACGGCAACAGAUUUGCCGUUUUGUAGCCGUAGUGUCUGUCUGUGGGCCCUCUCCUCAAAGCUCAUCCUAUGACUGCAUCAUUGCCUGAGGCGUUAACCUAACCUAACGUUGGAUUUCCGGGUUUUUGUGCACAACUGUUACACAACUUUACAAACAUUUUCUGUAAACCAUUGAACACAAAACAAAGUCCGAGAAAUGAAACUUUUAAUUGUUUAAUCAAAAAACCCUUUUUCUCAUCCAUUUUUCACCAAAAAAAAGGUAUUUCUCAACAUUUCUAAACAAAGUUUUUAAAGCUUUUGUCAAUAUUUCAGAUAUGAAUCAGUUAUUAGUGAUCUGUGUCUUGACUCUGAGUGUCUGUCCUCUUCGGUCACAACUGAUUCGUCCGAUUUCUAUUCCCGGAAUAUUCUCAAUGAUUCGCUUCCAGAAUACUGUCUGUAAUGGAGAUAACGAAGAAGGAGGAACGUGUCUCUAUGAGAACGAAUGUCUGUCGAGAAAAGGUCAAGUGAUUGGUCGCUGUGCUAACGGUUUCGCCGCCUGUUGUUCCUUCAAAUUCACGUGCAAUGGAGAGACGUCGCAAAACGAAACAUUGUUUGUCAACAAACAAUAUCCCGACUUCGAGAACGAGACCAACACAUGUCAGGUGACAAUCAAGAAGUUGCCGAAUGUCUGCCAAUUGAGAUUAGGUGAGACAUGUUCUUCUCUUUUCAGUCUUUUCACUGUUUUGUUCGUAGACUUCGAAGAAUUCCAAUUAUCACAACCCGAUGAAAACGGUUUCUGUACGACCGACUCUUUUAUGGUCAGAACUACUGUUGGCGAACGUCUGCCUAUUAUUUGCGGCGAAAACGGCGGACAACACAUUUACGUGGAUAUGGGCCGUGGAUCUGCUAAUCCCGUCGUUCUGUCCAUUGUCACGAAUGGCAACCGUUCUAAUCGCAAAUGGAAACUCAAGAUCAAUAUGAUUCCCUGCAAUAAUCUGGACAUGGCGCCGUCCGGUUGUCUCCAGUAUUACCGGUCGCCGACGGAUGUCAUCAAAAGUUUCAAUUUCGGACCGAAAAUUGAGUUCAGAGCGCGGUAUUUGGCGAACUUGAGAUACACGGUUUGCAUCCGAACUGAAGAGAACUUUUGUGCCAUAAAAUGGGAAACAGCGGAACCGGGAUCUUUCCUAUUCGGAGCUCCCUUUGAAGGUUUGCCGAUUUCGCCAAUAAUUGUUUGCAAAUUGUUUGUUUGUUUUGUAGGAAAAGACACCGAAUUCGGUGAGUGUUCGCAUCCCUUUCCUUUCGUACCUUUGAAUUCGGGAAAAUCGGGCAAAAAGUUGUCUUCAGAGUCAGUAUUGCCGGGUGUAAUGCCUGCAGAACGCGAUCCUCUGUUUCCCUCCAGAAUAUGCAACGGAGGCGCAAGUGGACAGUUGUGCAAUUUUGAUGACUUUGUUGGUAUAGACCAGGGAUCUCUUGAAGGAACGGGACAGGGAGAGGACAGGUUCUGCGGAGCAAAACUAUUGGAUCACGAUUUUGUCAUUUGUAAGCAUUGAUUGG